AUGGCGACUCCUUCCGUUAAACCUGGCACAACGCCGACUCAUUUGUCUUCUCCCCACCCCUCCUCCGCGCCUCUCUCCCGAUCUCUAGCCCACAGGUCUCCUUCCAUGAGAACCCCAACAGGCUCGGGCCCAGCACACGGCCAAACCAGUGUAUCGUCACAUCAAUACUCCACACCUCUCGCUGUCACGAGUGGGGUUGACGACCCGGUAAAUUUCAGCUCUCCUUCAGCACUCUUGGCGCUCGGGGGGUAUACUGGGAUCAGUCCUUCACCUGCAGUACAUGAUGGCCUUGGUACGGGAAUGAACGAGAAUGAUAUUCAAAAUUUGGGCAUGCAAGGUCUCAAGCUUGGGGUCGCGCGCGACAACGACGAAGAGCAGAGAAAUCGCAUUGAGGAGGUUGUUCAAUUGUUGCGCGCACGCGUUUCGGGGAGAGGCGUUAGCCGUGAGAGCGUGGAGCGAUUAAGUCGGCUUGAAGGAUUCGAGUCCAUCUGGCAGGACGAUAACCUCAACAUAGCAGGAAACUUCGUCGACUUGGAAGUCGAAUUCUAUUCCGGCCUCGAUGUUGUCAAGGACGUCAGUUUACGCUACGCCACGCCAGAAUACACAGAAGGUGUGCGGCGUGAUCAGGCUACGACAGUCUUGAAACGCACCCUUGCGCAGUCGCCGGAGGAUGCAGAUAUUGGAAAGUGGAGGUCACUACAAGAAUUUCACGAGAACCUGCAAUGGCUUGCCAAGCUUGACAAGCUCAGCCAGGAGGUCAAUUGUUUUGAAGCAUUGGAGAAUCUUGAAGAGAACUUCAAGCGGAUUUGGGUCGAGGAAAGCAAGAAUGGCAAACAUGGUGGUGAAUACCAGCACCUUUGCACAGGUGUUCUCGGGCGUCCUAGAAUGCACAAAGGCACCCGAAUUGGCCUCGGCUUGGAAUAUUGGGUUGAACAGGCCAAAGUCCUGGAUGCGAAAAACAGCAAGCAAUCGUCAGAUGCCAUGGAAAUUGACCAGCAACAAGAUCAGGAGUCGAAGAUUGAGCUGGAGGACCAAGACAGAUCAUGGGCCGUCAUGGUUGAAUGUGAGGUGGGAUAUCCCUCUCUUCGCAUCUCAAAGGACUGGGUCGGGAAUGAAGCAUUAACUGCAGGCGAAAGCAAUGAGUCGCUUCCUUCUAAUGGUGCCGCGGGCUCUGUGAACUGGCUGGAUCCUCCACAGACCAUGCGCUUGACACACGGUAACCAUGACCCCAUGGCCAUGGACUCUAGCAUGCUGGAGUCGUCACCGCCCAACCGUCGUUUCGUCGCUAGACUGGAGCCGGCCCUUGACGUCCCCAUACUUGCCGCCUCUGACAUCUACCGACACCUCGGCAUGCAAUUGCCGCAGGAAUUCAAAAUAGUGACAUAUGACGCCUUGCUGGUAUCAGAUUCUUCGCCAAAUUUGUCAGGCUCGUCUCCCCACCUUGGCCGCAGGAAGCGCAAGAUGCAGGUACAGGCGGUCGACUCGAAGGGUGAGCAACAGACGAAACAGCAUAACUACACCUUCCAGGCGUUUGAGUCCAUUGCUGGUCGGACUAUUACUGAGCUGCCGUUUUCGCACCCACGACAACUUGCGGACAUUCUUCCGAUUCUCCGACAAUACGCAAUGCUGGCCAACUUGAUCAAAAAAACAUUCCAAUUACCUGAUCCAGAGGCAGGCGAAACUAAUGGAACCUCCGCUAAAACUCCCUCCCCACCACACCACGCGCCACACGAAACCGAAAGCCUGGACGGUAUCACUAUUUUGAACAACGAUGACCCCAAUGAGGGUAGACUAGAUUUCCUGCUUGGUCUGAGCACAGCAGAAGGAAGCAACUCAAAUUCCAGCCACGGAAGCACGACCCCUCUCAGUGGGGGAAAAACUCUUGCUCAGUCCCUUAUGGACGACGUUAAAGUGGAUGUAACAUUGCGCACCCAACUUGGGCAAGCACCUGCUUUGAUGUUAUUGAUUACGGACCAGAAGAGUCGAGAUGGGGACUCCCAAGUUCAAAAACCCCGCCAAAUCGCAGUCUGCUUUGAGGUCGGGCUGAACGGCCAAGUCUCGGUUGUAGAGACUGCAGGGUUGACAGAUCGCGGAAGCAGCGGUGACGCGGAAAUGCAGGGCACAGACGACUCUGGCUCCGGGGCUGGAGAAAUCCAAAAGCAGAUUGCUAGAGUGCUUGAGGUCUCACAAGACUUGGGCAUCCUUGUGGAGUGGGUUUUGCGUUGGCUCCAGCAGCGGACUGACGGGUAA